CAUUGCACUCCACGUGGUCUACUAAGAUGUCUACUCCUAGUGAACCUCAUCGCUCAGGUCCACUCAAGCAGAGGAACAAGGGACACAAGAAUGGCAGGCACAAGAGCAAGGGAGAGAUGACAGCCCUGGACAAAGGUCGUGUGGGGGUUAAGACACUGUCUGGUGUGCGGAGGAAAGAGGCAAGAAAGGUUGACAAGAAGAACAAGUUACGUCAGUUGCGAACACACAAGCGGGACCAAGUGUUAGCGCAUAAAAGGUGUAUAGGGGUCGAAGGUCAACCUCCACAUCUCGUUGUCCUCAUCCCAGUAUCUUCUGAUGUACAACAAGUGUUCACUAUGUUGACGGGUUGUCAUGACAACACCAUGGCAACAAUAGCUGUUCCUGAGCUCCGAGAGCGUUUCACCAUUUCCUACCCCCCUACCAGUAACCUGUACACCCUCCUAGACCUGGUUAAGGUUGCAGACACUGCAGUCCUGGUGUAUGACAUGCGUGAAGGUGGCUUCAAUGCAUCCUUAUUAGACACUGUGUGUGCUCAAGGGCUGCCCACAACUCUGCAUUUGGCUGUGGGUUGGGAGGAACUAGGUAGCAAAGCUCUCUCUCUGGCUAGGAAAAGCCUCCUCAAGAACAUACACUCAAGGUUUCCUGGAGAAAAGCUACAUCUGUUCAAUCAACAAAUCCGCCCACAACUUCUGCGCACACUGUCUAAUCAGAAGCGUCGCUCUGUGUUCACUAGAGACACUCAUCCACACCUUCUAGUGGAGAGGUCAGAGUUCAUAGCCUCGGAGGGUACUCUCAAAGUGUGGGGUUACAUGCGAGGGAAGCCAUUGGACAUACACAGUGUAGUGUACAUCCCUGACAAAGGGGAGUACCUACUCAAGCAGAUUGAUGGACCCUCUGACCCUUGUACCCUCAAGACCUCUACAAGCAUGCAAGUGGACCAAAGUGCAGUACUGUUGUUAGCAGAUCCUUCACAACAGAGUUUAGAUAGAGAGGUGACCCUUGACCCCAUGGAGGGCGACCAGACAUGGCCCACUGAUGAGGAACUUGCUGCAGCCGCCGGUUCGCCUGAUGGGAGGGGCCAGCGGAAGUUGCCUCGGGGAAUGUCAGAUUAUCAAGCUUCCUGGAUCGUGGACUCUGACCUCUCUGAUAACGCUGAUAGCGGAGAUGAGUGGGAGGAUCCUCCAGUGUCAUGUGACUCGAUUGAUGAUGACAAUGAUAUGAGUAUCGGAGAUCUGGAAUCAACUGCUGAUGAUGAGGACGGAGAGAGCUAUGACCUCAAAAUUGACCUCUCAGCAGAGCAGCGAGAGCUAGAGGCACUGCGUGCUGAGAGAGAGGCGUUGAUGUUUCCUGAUGAAGUAGACACUCCCCAAGACAAGCCGGCCAAAGAAAGGUUCCAAAAGUAUCGAGGACUGAGAUCAUUUCGCAGCUCUCCCUGGGACAAACUAGAGAACCUUCCCAGAGACUACGCUAGGAUCUUCCAGUUUGAGAGGUUUGGUAUGAGCAGGAAGAGAGCUCUGUGUAGUCUAGAGGAGGCCAACGGAGCACUCCCCGGCUGGUACGUCACUCUACACAUUGCCAACUACCCUCAAGAUGCUUCACCCCCAUCACUUGUGUAUGGACUACUUCCACACGAACAUAAGAUGUCCGUGGUGCAUUUUGCUGUCAAGAAGAGUCCUGGUUACAGUCAACCCAUCAAAUCCAAGGAGAGGUUAGUGUUUCAUUGUGGUGUGAGGAGGUUCUCAGCUGCUCCUAUAUUCUCAGAGCACACUCCAGGAGACAAACACAAGUAUGAGCGCUACAUGGCUAAUAGCGGUGUAUGCAUGGCCAGUGUGUUUGCUCCAGUGUCCUACCCUCCGCAACCAGUGCUGCUCUUCAAGCACCAGGAAGGUGGUGAGGCUGUGCUGGUGGGGAGUGGGGGUGUGGUGGGUGUGAACCCUAGUAGAGUGAUAGUCAAGAGAGUGAUACUCAGUGGGCAUCCAUACAAGAUCAACAAGAGAUCUGCAGUCAUCAGAUACAUGUUCUUCAACAGAGAUGAUAUUGAUUGGUUCAAGCCUGUUGAGUUGCGGACCAAGUUAGGGAGAAGGGGACAUAUCAAAGAGCCCCUGGGCACACAUGGACAUAUGAAGUGUGUGUUUGAUGGUCAACUCAAGGCACAAGACACGAUCCUAAUGAACCUCUAUAAGAGAGUCUAUCCCAAGUGGACGUAUGAGGAGCCAGUAACCACACCCACCAACUGGACCCUAUACCCUGAACCUUGAACCCAUACAUUGACUCUGUAUAGUGACUGUGUGUGUAUUGUGUUGCUUGUAAUACAGCGGCCUAUAAUCGAGGCUAUUGAUCUAUAAUAAUAUUGCUACAGGUAAA